AUGAGCUCGUCUACUAAACUGAAUGUUGAUUCUUUCGGAGUGGAAGUGAGUCCUACCUUGUAUAGGAGUAUCAUUGGGAGUUUACUCUAUCUUACAGCUAGUAGACCGGACAUUGCAUUCAGCGUUGGUGUUUGUUCUAGAUAUCAAGCUGCUCCAAAGGAAUCACACUUGACUGCAGUUAAGCGAAUUAUUCGAUAUAUCAAUGGAACUUCAGACUAUGGUCUGUGGUAUUCAAAAGACUCAAAUGCUUGCCUUAUCGGAUAUUCAGAUGCUGACUGGGCUGGUAGUGUGGACAAUCGGAAGAGUACUUCAGGAGACUGCUUCUACCUUGGUAACAAUCUUGUUUCGUGGAUGAGCAAGAAACAACAUUCUGUGUCUCUCUCUACUGCUGAAGCAGAGUACAUAGCCACAAGAAGUUGCUGCACCCAGCUUCUUUGGAUGAAGAAAUUACUCCCUGACUACGGAAUUCCUCAAGAGACGAUGUGUGUCUUUUGCGACAACACCAGUGCUGUCAAUCUUUCUAAGAACCCUGUCUAG